AUGGACGACGACGCUAAGCGACUUGAAGCCGAGGCUGUCACGCUCCGAAGGGUCGCGUUUUUCGGUGUGGCCGUGUCGACGGUCGCCACACUGGUUUGCGUGAUAUCUGUGCCAUUACUGUACAACUAUAUGCAGCAUAUGCAAUCGGUGAUGCAAAGCGAAGUCGACUUUUGUAAGUCACGAUCGAGUAACAUCUGGCGAGAAGUUACACGUACACAGAACAAACUUGCUGUGUUUUUGAUAGGAGCAAAGAGUUACGCUAGAGACCGUUUUAACCUCAAUAGCGCCGGGCUGGAUGACAAGCGAGGUCAAGCACCUGAAGUGAAGAAGUUCCAUCAAUUCCUGGUACAACCAGCUGCUUCGGAA